GUAUGUACAUAUAAAAAAUUUAAAAAAAUGGAAAAUGAAAAAAAUCGUUAUAUCUAUGAUACAAUAAAAUUGUUUUUGAGCGAUUCGAGUUCUCGAAUUUUCUCGUGGAUGUCGCUGUUUGUGUUCUUUUAGUGUGGCUCCGCCCUUGGCGUACAUCGCGCGCCGUAGGAGCAAUGCCAGUAGUUAGUUGUCUAUUGGACUUGAAUUGGUCAAGGUAUGUUUCGGAAAAUCGAGUUUUACCAUUUCGUGAUUCGCUACGUUCAGAUGUUACCAUUUACAUUAAUUUAUCAAUGAAUUAUUUUAUUAUUCGUUGCAUGCUGAGAACCUCUGACAUUUCAUAUAAUUUAUGCCAAGGCGGAGACGUGUGCUCCAUAGGUGUGUAAUGUGGUUCAAUUUGGAGAUUUUCUUGUUCGCCGUUCAGGGAUAUAUAGAGAUCAUUCGUGAAAUCUACUUUCGGGGUAGUAGUGGGGUAAACGACUUAUUAAUAAUCACCAGUAUUGCGAAAACGAUUUUACAACGGGAGUGCCGGUGCAUGAGUGUUUAGUGAUCAAUGAACUCCGCGUUGCUGUAUAUUGGGGCGUGCUGUCACUGAUCUUAUUAAACCGGCAGAUAUGACAAUGUAAUAGUGAAUUAGAAACCAAGUUUUCCAUAAGGAAAUAAUUUAUAAAUGGUCAUUCUACGAUUCUUAGUAGAUGACUGAAAAAUGAAUGAUAUAGAAAGUAUAAGCAUGAAAGGCAGUGGAGGAUCUAAAAUGCCUCAUAGUCAUUCAACUCCAGCAGGUGUGGAUGGAGGUAGUAGAACUCCUCCCACGACACCUAGGAAAGCUGGUAAAAUGCUUGCUGUUCGUGUACAGAUGUUAGAUGAUACAAUUACAAUGUUUCAAGUUCAGGCAAAAGCUUUAGGAAGAGUAUUAUUCGAUCAAGUUUGUAAGCAGUUACAUCUUUUGGAAGCUGAUUAUUUUGGUUUGGAAUAUCAAGAACUUAAUGGGACAAAAUAUUGGUUAGAUUUAGAGAAGCCAGUUUGUAGACAAGUUGGAUUAUCUUUGAUAGAUCCGUUAUUAAGAUUUUGCGUUAAAUUUUAUACACCUGAUCCAGCGCAAUUAGAAGAAGAAUUUACAAGAUAUUUAUUUUGUCUUCAAAUUAAAAGGGAUUUAGCUCAAGCUUUGUUACAAUGCAACGAUAAUACAGCAGCUUUGAUGGCGAGUUAUAUCGUCCAGGCUGAAUGCGGGGAUUAUGUGAUAGAAGAUUAUCCAGAUCAUACAUAUUUAUCAACUUACAAAUUUGUGCCUCAUCAAGAUCAAGAAUUAGAACGUCGUAUUAUGGAAAAUCAUAAAAAACACGCAGGUCAAUCACCAGCAGAAGCGGAUCUUAAUCUGCUAGAAACAGCACGUCGAUGUGAAUUGUACGGAAUGAAAAUGCAUCCGGCUAAAGAUCACGAGGGUGCAUCGCUCAAUUUGGCAGUGGCACAUAUGGGAAUAGUAGUUUUUCAAAAUUUCACCAAGAUAAAUACAUUCAGUUGGGCUAAGAUCAGAAAAAUCAGUUUUAAAAGAAAACGAUUUUUAAUUAAACUUCAUUCAGAGGGUUACGGUUAUUAUAAAGAUACCGUGGAAUUUUUUUUCGAAGGACGCAACGAGUGUAAAAAUUUUUGGAAAAAAUGUGUAGAAAAUCAUGGAUUUUUCCGUUGUUCAGUGGUGAAACGAGUGGUACGACAAAAAACGCGUGUCCUCAGCCGUGGUUCAUCAUUCAGGUAUAGCGGAAAAACUCAGAAACAAAUCGUGGAAUUUGUACGGGAUAAUUACGUGAAGAGGCAAACGUUUCAAAGGUCCAAUUCGUUCCGGCAGACUAGCGGUGGUAGGGCAUUGCAGGGCUUGGAGGGGGGAGGCUAUCGUGGGGCCACUCCAAGCAGCUCCCUUAUGGGCAGCUCCAGCAUCUCUGCCCACCCCCUCCUGCCCCUCGGCGAUCCUGCCCUGGAAACCCCAGCUCUGUCUCUAUCAUGCGGCUCGAUGACACUGGAUUCUCCGACGACUGUGACGAGUGUCUCGAUGGGAGGGACGAUUCACCGUCGCGAAGACACAGCUACAUCGUUUCGGACGCUUACCUCCAUCGACGUCCAUUCCCCGGCCACGCCCAGCCAGGUCCCAGCACAGCGACAGAUGCUUGUUGCCAGCAGCCAGCAGCGGAUUUCAUCAGCAGGUCGUAUCAGCCCCUCUAACAGCAGUCCUCCCGAAUUUCCCCCACCGCGACCUAUGCCUAGACACCCGUGGCAGCGUUCGGCCAGUUGCCGCGAAUUGUACGCGUCUAGCUUCGAGGAUUCGGGGAAAGCGCGAUCCUCGGUGGCCAAGGACGAGGAAAGGGGACCUCCUACUGGCGAUCAUCAUCCCGUUUCCGACCUACCUUUCCGUCUACCGUCCCAGGGCGAGCUUGAUAAUCCCGUGACGCGAUACGACGAGAGCAAUCGAUCGUACAGCGCUGCCAGCUCUAAAUUGCCAUCCCUCGAUCACGAUUCGGCGGUGGUACCGGAUCGCGUGUACAGUAGCUCUUAUCCGGGGACAUCCUCUUUAUCGACCGAGUCAGGCCACGAGGAAUCGGGGCCGGCUGGGGACCUAUCCCACGACGAUCUAUCUCACGACUCUUACGAACUUUUGGAACGCGAGCACGAAUUUGAAUAUCCGGAAUCGUACUCGAGCCCCCGUGACGAGGAGGAGGAGGGGGAGGAGGCGAUGUCGGAGAGGAGCGACGAGGGGAUCGAGCACGAAAUGUUCCAAAUGGAUUCGGAGACCGAUUCCUUCGUCAAACACCGUUCGAUCAGAUCGACGGAGAGGCAACAAUUCAAAUCGGUGCUCGCCGACCUUAAGAAAGACGCUAGAACGAGAUCGACCGAUCGGUACACGAAAUCGGACACCGAUUACGUAACCGUCGAGUCGCGCAUACAACGGUCGAGCACUCAGAUCGAGAGAAAAUUCGAGACUCGACACGCCAACUCGAUAGAACAAUUCCAACAACAACAACAACAACAACAGAAUAAACUCGCUCUUCCGCAUCAGGAUUCGGGUAGGAAGGAUCCGGUCGUGUUGCAGGUGCAAAAGCAAAAAAUGUCCGUAUUGAACGAGUUGAAAAGCUUGAAACCCAAGUACAAGAUCACCCACGUAGACUCGGAGAUUUUACGGGACGAGGGUAUCAUGCGGCCGAAAUCUCGCAUAGACGACGAUCUCAGCCCCGUGGAUACGACCAAUAGGACGAUACUCGAUCAACAACAAAGAGGUAGAACGGUUCGAGCGCGUAGUGUAGCUAGUUUGGAGGAUCACGUAUUGGUGUCGCGCGUAUACGUGGAAACGGGUAGUUUAGGCCGUGGCGUUCAUAACGGUAACAAGGAACGGAAAGCGACGUUGCAGGACAAGGAGAAUCGUUCGAAGACACGCGUCGAUUCUUCCAGGGAGCACGAUCGUAGAAAGUCGGCGGAGAGAGGGGGGGAAUCGAGGAGAAAAUUCGAAUCCUCCUCCCCGCAUCCUCGCCGGGAGGGGAGAGAGUUGCGUAGAAGCAUCGAGAGAUUGGACGCGCGGGAGAGAAGCUACGAGCGUCUCGAUUCGAGGACGGAGAGAUCGUUCUUCCCCCGCCAUGCCGACUCGUACGAGUCCCGUGGGAGGAGCGUGGAACGUUUGGACAUACAGGGUUUGCGUGGCAGCACCGAGUAUUUGAACAAAAUUUCCAAGGACAAAGCGAGAGAUCACAGGCACGCGACGUCGGAGCGUCGAGAGAGAAGCGUGGAACGAUUGGAUUCGAAGGAGAGGAGGAGGAGCCCUUGGCGAAGCGGCAACGCCGCGUUCGAUCACAGCCAGAGGCACACGUUGGAGAGGUUCGAUUCGUUCGGCGGGAACAAAAGUCCGCUCGAACGUUUCGGAAGGGAGCAGCAGUACAGGGGGAAGAGCGUGGAAAGGUUGGACUCGAGGGAGAGGCCGACCUUCGAUUUCGAUCCCGUCACGAUCGAACGUUUGAAAUCGUUGGAGAGAUACAACAACAAUAACAAUAACAACAACAAUACCAACGCCAACAACAACAAUAACAACAACAAUAUCUCGAAGGACAAAGGUGGUGUGCACGAGAGGAAGGGGGAGCGAAGGCACGGGGAACGAAAGUACUCGGAUUCGAGGAGGAGCUUGGACCACGAGCCGCACGAUUGGCGGAGAAGCAGCGUGGAGAGGAUCGAGAGCAAGGAUUCGUGGAGGAAAACGGCGGCAAAGUCGAUGGAGAAGCCUCGCGAGAGGGACGAUUGGAGGAGUUUGGAGAGGGCGCGGAAGGAGGAGGAGAAGAGGGAGAGGGAGCGUCAAGCUCAACGGCUCUCCAUGGAGUCGAGGACCGACACCGUGAUCGGCGUCCCGAUAGAGAUGGAGAAUCUCAAGUCGAAGACCUCUCUGUUCACCGAGUACGAUCCCAAGAUCGUGGGCGGGAUUGUGUUGGGCUUCGAGGACUCUAUGCCGAGCCAUACCCCCGUCGAGCGUACCAAGAGCGAUCCAAAUCCUGCCCGACAGAGGUUGGGCUCGAACAGCAAACGUCACAUACUGAUGCAUCAAAAGUCGAUCGACUUGACGCCGGCCGACUCGGGGGACGAGGACCCGUUCUCGGACACUGCGGCCAUGCAGAGGACCAACGUCGAGAUACCUUACACGUUGCACAAGCGACACGUGAUGAACGGCACCGCAUCCGACGAAAAAUCCGAGUCUGACAGCGGAAAAACGACAACUACGACUACUACGAGCGUUCGAGAUCUUCCCAGGUUACCGCUCAAGAUGAUCACCGAUAUCUCCUGUUUCGACCUGUCGAAACUCUCCUCGAUAGACAAACCCGCCAAACUCUCGCCCACUCGACCGAAAUCCAUACUCUCCAGCCCCUCGUCCGAUAAACCGAAAAGCAUCCUGAGCCCCGUCUCAAAAUUAUCGCCUACCGAGCACUCGAGCAAGAGUCCACCGUCGAAAGUCUCGUCGCCCGAGAAAACGAUCUCCGUUUCGAAGUCGUCUUCUACCGUGGAGAGGAAAGGAUCGUCGAAAUUGUCGCCGAUCGAGGCGAGCGUGACGAUCGUCUCCUCGCCGUCGUCGGCGAAGGCGUCCCCCACCGAUCCGAGCGUGACCAUACUCACGAUGCAGAAGAAAAGAUCACCGACCGAGAAGGGAAUAACGAUCGGUCAGAGAUCGUCCCUCGACUCGAAGACGAGCAAACCUUUGUUGAACUUCGCCGAGGUGGUCGGGAUGGAGAUGAGGAUGAAGCUGGAGAGGAAGUCGAGGUCCGAGAACGUGUCCGAGGCGAGGAAGGAAGACAGUUUGAGGACGCCGGACGACAGUUUGGAGAAGCAGGACAGUAUAGAGAAGAUACCGUUGCCGGAGAUUCCACCGAGGCCGGAGGAAGAGGAGAAGGGGGAGGAGGAGAGGGUGGAGAAGAAGGAAGAGGAGAAACCUAAGGUUUUGGAGAAGCCUAGCAUACCCGAGAAAACGAAACGUAUAUUGGAGAAGAUAGAGUCGAGGUUGUUCGAGGCGAGGAUCGCUAGGCCGAAGAUCAUAGACACGGGUUACGACGAUUUCGUGGAGCCGGUAGCCGAUCUCCCGCUGGACGAGGUGCCCGUCAUCAAGCCCGCUCUGGAAUUGGACAGUCUGAAAGUUCCUGAAUUCGUUCCGUUCGUGUCGCGUCCGCAUGGCGAGCCCCUGCGCUCGAAAUCGUUGUCAUUGGCCGAGGAGAAGGCGCCCAUAGACACUCUUCUCUCCCCCGAGGUGGAGAACAAACACUUCGUGCCGGACGUGUCCCCGAAACGGGCGAAGAGGGCGGCGAAACAGGAGCCGAAGAAGGAUUUCAAGAAACAGUCCAAGUCGCUCGAGGCCGACAAACCUCCUCUCAAGAAAACCGCCUCGAAGGAGUCCCGCGCGUCGACCCCGAGCUCCUCCAAGAUCGACAAAUCCAAGUUGAAAUUGGGCGAGAUGCCUCAGGAGAUCAUCAUAAUAGACUCGACCGACGUUGCGCCCGAGGUGAGCAUCGUUCAGAAAGGCAGAUCCAAGUCGAUCACCCGAUUACCCGAGAGGGAGGAGCAAGGGGGCGGCAAAAGUGGGGGUACCCGAGCGAAAUCGGCCUCUGUCGACGACGAUCUCAUAAAAAUUGGCGCCACCUCCACGAUGAAAUCGGAAAGAUCGAGGCCGAAAUCUUUGGGGAUAUCGAAGAGCUUGAGCGGGGGCGCCGAGAGGAAAGACUCGGCCGAGAGAAUAUCGCCCAAGAGAACGAUCGUUGGAAGAGGAGGCGCGAAAGCCCCCACCACCGUGGAAAUUAAAUCACCAACGUCGAAGGAGACGGUCACGUGGAAAGCGCAACGAAGUCAGAAACAGGAGACGGAGAUAGGAGGAGGAGGAGAUCGGGAGAGGAAGUCGGGUCAGACUCCUGUCCUCUUUGCACGCGCGCGUUUGGGUCUUUCGGAGGGGAGCGGGAUAGGGGCGCUUCAGAGGCAGGGAGCGACACAGUCGCCCACCUCCCAGAGGCGGGCGAAAUCGUUGGACGCGCCCGUGAUCGCUGUGCACAAGCUGCCACCUGUGAACGCGUUCUCGAGCAAGGACGACACCGUGGAGGAGGCGGCCGAGGAGGGGGGGAAGUCGGAGGAGGCGGCGAGGCACGCGGCAACAGCGCCCUCGAAAGCGCAAGUGGCGCAAUCUAUACAGGUCGAGGUGUCCCCGAAUCAUAGCACGACGACGACAACCACGGAUCACACCACGGUGCCCGAGAUAUUCACGGAUUCUCUCUCGGUUACCGAGACCUCGGCCCAGUACCUCGAGUCACCGCUCACCGAGUGCAACGAGAUCGUGGCGAGCGCCGAUUUGAUCCCCUACGAGAGGGACGCGGUCCGGUUGGAGGCGAACGGGGGAAAGGACACGAUGCUCGAGUCGGUCAAGGUGGACGAGAGAACCAGAUUCAUCGAUCAGAGUUCCGUGGAGUCGGGGGAGCAGGAGGUGGUGGCCAGGAUGGGGGAGAAGAUAGAUCUGUUGACCGUCUCGAGGACCGUCGAUUCUUCGAUUCCUCGAAGAUCGAGCAGCGACGAGGAAACGAGGGAGGAAAGAAGGACGAGAGGCGAGGUUAUCGAGGUAGAUCUUCCCGACGUGACGGUGACCGCAGCUACCAUGGAAACGAUAACGUUCCCCAAAUCGAUCGAUUUGGACGAUGGCCAGGACAUGGUCAAGUCGCCGAUUCAGAUCUCGAUCGAGGAGUGUUCGGACGAAGAGCAGGAGGAGGAAGAGGAGGAAGAGGAGGAAGAGGAGGUUCGAAGCGAAGGAGAGGGGAAAGAACCGGAGGGGGAGGAGAACAAGCCGCUGGAUUCGGUGGACACGAGCGAGGACACGCUCGACGCUUUGGACACCCAGGUCCACAUGAGGGGUAUCGACAGCGAGUUGAGCUCCCCUGAUUACGGCGUCGACAAGAUGGACGAGAAAACGUUGGUCGAGGUUGAGCUGACCCCCGAAUACUUGGAGAUGAGACGAGAGGACGAAGAUGGAGGCGAAUUGAUAGCCGAGGAACUGCCCAAAGACGAGGAGGAGGAGGAGGAGGAGGAAGAGGAAGAGGCGGUGAUAGUCGAAGAGGCGACAGCCAAACUAUCGACGGACGAGCUCGUAACCUCGAGCUCGAAUCGUUUGUCCGUGGAGAAGAAGCUCAGGUUGAGCAGCGAACGUUCGAGGAGCGAGGAGACGGUCACCUGGACGCCUGACCGCGAGGAUCCGGAAUCCAGCUCCUGUUCCAUCGCCCGGCCGCUCGGGAUCGGGCAGAUCCAGCCGAUAGUUGGUCGUCGAGAAGAAACGAUCGAGGACGAGGGUAGCAACGGUUCCCUCAGACAGCCCGAGUUCACAGCCUCCACCUGGAAAUCAUUUCCCGCCGAAAGUUCCGGCAGCUCGAGUGCCGAAGAGGGUUGGCCGCCUCCUGGCCAGGACGAGAACAACGCCGUUCAAUCCCAAUCGGAGGACAGCAACGGGCAAAACGAGGACAGUUUUCAGGAGGAUCUGGCCGACUUCCCCGGCACGUUCAUUUAUCCUAUCGGGCCCGAUAUCUUGACCAGUUGCGGCACUUUCGCUCUCACGCGUACCCUCUCCAGGAUAUCCGAGAGAUCCACCACCUCGGAACAGGACAAGAGCGAUUUGGAGGACUCGUUCAAGCCUAGCUCGAGAUCACCGAGUUUGGACGACGAGUCGUUGAUAUCGAGCGAUCAUCAACUCUCUCUUUCCUCCGAUCCCCCAUCAGGCACGCCUCUCCCUUCUAUAUCCGAGGAUCGACGCACCUCCUCCGAGUUGCCCGAUAUCCCGAUAGACGUGGCGAUGGGCGAGCAACAACAGCAGCAACAACGACAACAGCAAUACGAGCAGGAGGAAGAGGAGGAGGAGGAGGAGGAGGAGGCGAAAUGUCGAACGGUGAGAUCGAAGUUGCAGGAGCAAAGUUCGGAGGAUUGGCCGACUCCUCCCAGCUCGCCCGUGUUCGAGCCGCCUCCAUCCUCCAUGGUGAGCCACGUGGAGACGUGUUACUCGGAGAUCAAGCCCGAGGAGGCGGUGAAGGUGACGGUGACGGACAGCACGGAGACGCCGGAUCGAAUGGAAGCGGGCAGCGAUUCGAGCGACGAGAAUCGAACGUUGCACGACGAUCUUCACUCAACGUUCCUCGAGGACGGUCAGAGCUCAACCUCCGCUACCACUGUGGACGGUACCGUGAAGAUAGCGAUAAAACCGAAGUCGAAUUCUCACGUGACGGGUUCCUCGCACAGCGAGGACACUUCUAUGGGUCUCUCCAUGUCCGAAUGGUCGAGUUCGAACAACACGGUGCGCCAGUUCUGUCAAUAUUCGGGCACGAAAUCGGAUGACAACUCGUUGGCCGAGCUCGGCGCAUCGAUCUCGGAUUGGUCGGGCAGCACGACCGUGAUACCUCAGCAACACUCUUCUUACUCCCUGGUCGAGAAGAGUCAAAGCGACACGACCACGAGCGACAAGAGCGUGACGAGUAUGAGGCCGAAUUCCAAGUGCAAGACGAGCGAGGGCUCGCCUCUCGCAGCGCCCUCUUCGCCGCCUUUGCCACCGCCCCCCUCCUCGCCCCCGAUUACCUCGCCGCCGGAUCAUCGUCACGCCUCGACGUCGUUGGACGUUGUCGAGGAACGGUCCAAGGUGAGGAGAUCGAUCGAGGGUCAAUCGAUGGUGUCUCGGAGAGGCGUCUCGUCACCGCCCCGGAUAACCCUGACGCGGAACGAGUUCGACGAGGAGGCGAUCGACGACGAGUUUCGAUUGAUUUCGUCGGACGACGGGUGCGACGCGCCGCUACCCAUUCUCGAGGAGGAGGAGGAGUUGGACGAGCAACCGUUGGAGAGUUCGCUCGGCUCGAGGAGGAGAAGGAGGGGGCGGGAGACGGGGGAGGGGGAAGUGGAUCGGUUGUACGACAACGUGCCGGCUAUGAAGUACUCGAGCGGUGAUCAGAUUCGAAUGGAGGUAGGACGUGGAGGUGGUAGCUCGGAGGAUAUGCACGAGAAGUAUGCGGAUCUGGGCACGUUGGGCCCUCGGCAGGUCGACGACGAUUGGUCGUUCGAGGAGGAGAGGGAGGAGACGAUCGUUGAGAGGAAGAAGAGGGGCGGUGGUAGGUCGUCGAAUUUGGCCAAGUUCGAGCGAGGUUUCUCCGAACCGAUGGAGGUAGGCAGGUAUCACGAGACGAGAUCGACCGAACGACCCGUUCUCGUUCCUAUCAGAGCGAAAUCGACGCCUUAUUACUCGACGACGAGUUUGAGCGGCGAGUCGACCACUUCGAGUCCGCCUAUGCAGAUUAGAACCCAGAUUCGUACGAAAACCAUGUCCUACUCGUCGAGCAGAAGUCCGCAGAGCGAAGGGGACACAUCGUCCAGCAUGGAUAGCCCCGUGCACACGCCUGUUCACGGUCAGAUGGCGAUACCGAGACAGAUAAACAGGGGACACCGGGCAAGAGGCAACAGGAGAACAAUAAUUCGGUUUUCGCCAACGAGAAAUCCCCCGAGAAACGGACGAACGGCAUCGUAGUGGAAACGGGCAACGCCGGUAUGGUGAAUACCCCGGAUCUGAGCCCGGUGAAAAAUAUAAGGAACGGGGAGGUCGAGGACACCGAAAUUCGAAAAACUAAGAGGUGGCCAACCGAUAAGGCGUACUACAUAGCCAAGGAAUUACUUAUGACCGAACGAACAUACAAAAA